AUGUCUGACCAACGUUCUGGCAAUGAGCACGAGCGCUCACCAUUGUUAGCGUACUCACCAAACGAUGAGUCAGCUCCCCAUCCACUACCUCGGUCAUAUACCAUCUCGGAGGGCCAGGAUGAGAACGGUAUUCUAAUGAAUUCUGGUAAUCAUCACGAGACUGUGAAUGAUUAUAAUCCUUCAUCGGAUUCUAGUCGUAGGAGCUCUAGCAAGUUGAAUUUCAAUGAUGUUAAUUUCGGAAAUAAUCCGUUUAAAAAGCGUCAUUUCAGUUAUAGCGCUGGAGGUACGUCACCCAGUCGCCAUCAUAGUUUUUAUAGUCAGCUUCAGCAGCACGGAAGCAGGAUCUCACUAGGAGAUGCUGCUGCUUUAGAACUGGAUGUCGAAAGACUAGAAAAUCUCCAUGAAAGAAGACCGUUUCGUCUAAUUGGCAAAUCCUGUCCAUUGCGAGACUGGAGCAGAUAUUGCAAAACAGAAGAGCAGAUCCGUCAGAUCUCACGGGCCAAAGCUAUUCAAGAGUACUACUCCAAGCAAAAUGAUCUUAUUGAGAGAUACAAGGCUAUUGACAGAUUGUUAGAUUCGGGAAUUCCUCAAUCCAUGCUCAAAGUGUAUGGUGACGAUAUUGAUCUUGGAGCUCCUAAUGGAACCACAUCCAAGAAGGCUGAUGACCCCCCAUCGCCGCCUGGAAACCGUCAGGGAGUUCCUGCUAAUAUCGACGAAGAGAGCAAUCUUUUAGGUGGUGAAUCUCGUGAAGAUAAGUCUAACAUGGUCAUGUUCGCUAUCUAUGUCAAUUUUGUUAUUAAUUUUGUUCUUUUAGUAGGAAAGGUCAUUGUUGUUCUGCUGACAAACUCGUUGUCGGUAGUAGCCUCGUUAGUCGACUCGAUUCUUGAUUUCUUAUCUACCUUUAUCAUUUGGGCAAGUACAAGAUUAGUUGACCAGAGGGACUGGAAGACCAAACACCUCUACCCUGUAGGUAGAUCGCGUUUAGAGCCUAUAGGAGUACUUGUCUUUUCUAUUUUGAUCAUUGUGUCGUUUUUGAAAGUCGGUGAUGAGGCUAUUAACAAGCUGCUCGAGGGUCGGCAGGGCAGUGCCGUUGAUAUUGGAAUUCCCUCUAUUAUAAUCAUGUCAUUGACAAUUGUUGUCAAGGUGUUUUGUUAUUUAUGGUGUCGUACUAUCGACUCCAGUGCUGUACAAGCACUUGCACAAGAUGCCAUGACUGAUAUUGUCUUCAACACUUUCUCCAUGCUCUUCCCAUUAGUUGGCCAUGCUUACGACAUCUGGUGGCUUGAUCCAUUUGGUGCUCUGGCACUCUCAGCCUAUAUCAUCCACUCUUGGGCUUCGACUGCUAUGGAACAUAUCGACAACUUAACAGGAUCUGCUGCAUCUCCUGAAGACCGACAAGUGGUUCUGUAUCUUUGCAUGCGAUUCUCGGACUCCAUCAAAUACAUCACUGCACUAAAUGCAUACCAUGCUGGAGAUCGUAUCACAGUUGAAGUCGACAUUGUCCUCGAUGACAAAUACAACCUCCGUGACUGCCACGACAUUGCUGAGGCACUCCAAUAUGCUAUCGAGACGCUUCCAUUUGUGGAACGAGCCUUCGUACAUCUAGACUAUAGACGUGGAAAUUUCACUGGCCACAUUGAUAGAUAA